GUCUCCAUGACAACAACACUUGCUAAAAAUCACGUAAAUAAAAUACAGUUUACGAAAUAACAUUGCAGAGUUAUUACUUAAAAUAAUGUCUGAAACUAAAACAGACCCAAAGAAUGAAGACACUGCUAACAAUAAUACAAGUACGGAACAAAAACCAGUGGAUGACAAACAGAUAAAACUUAAUAACAAACUGAAAGACAAACUCAGGAAAUAUAUAAAAAAAUUGGAUGAAACUGGCACAAGCAUAACAAAAGAAGAAAGCAUAAAACUAGAAGUUGACACAUUCAAACAGCUUUACAAGCCCAAACUAGCCGGUAAUGAGCAAUCGUACAAAAACAUACCAAAAUUCUACUUCAAGCUACCACGCCCUGAUGACACACUCGCCCAGAAGUUACGAGAAGAGACGAGAGCUCAGUUCUUACAGAAGAAAAGCAAAGAAUUGCUUGAUAACAGUGAAUUGAAACAUCUAUGGAGUUUGCUUGAGAAGAGUAAUGGAAAUACAACCGUGACAAAUAAUGAUGAGCUCAUUAUAGAUUACUUUCAGUUUAAGAAGAUUAGGGACGAAGCGGGGCCUAAGUAUAAGCCAUAUUUCACAGCGGAAGUGUUCGGUCGUCUCCAAGCGGCUGAAGGUGGAGUGGGACGAGUGCGAGCCGUCUCACUGUUUAACUACGUCAUGAGGAGAGUGUGGCUGCAGCAGACCAGGAUCGGUCUGUCGCUGUAUGAUGUUACUGGACAGGGAUAUUUGACUGAACAUGAUCUAGAAAGCUACAUAGCCGAGUUAGUACCAUCCCUCGCAGCUCUCGACGGCUUAGACUCAUCAUUCAGUUCGUUCUACGUGUGCACUGCUGCGAGGAAGUUCCUGUUCUUCCUCGAUCCUCUGAGGGUGGGGAGGGUCAGGAUACGGGAUGUGCUGUCCUGUUCGUUCCUUGAUGAUUUGUUAGAGCUAAGAGAAGAAGACUUACCAAUGGAGUUACAAGAACAGAACUGGUUCAGCGCGGCGUCAGCGCUGCGGGUGUACGGACAGUACCUCAACCUGGAUAGAGACCAUAAUGGCAUGCUCAGCAUUAACGAGUUGGCUAGCUACGGCUCAGGCACAUUAACCCGCGCGUUCCUCCAACGCGUCUUCCAACAGUGCCUUACCUACGACGGCGAGAUGGAUUACAAGACUUACCUAGACCUAGUACUAGCGUUAGAGAAUAGGAAACAGCCGGCAGCACUGGCGUAUCUCUUCAGAGUGUUAGAUAUUAACUGCGUGGGGUACCUCGAUGCGUUCACGCUUAAUUAUUUCUUUAAGGCAAUUCAAGAACAAAUGAUAGCCCACGGCGCGGAACCAGUGAACUUCGACGACGUGAAAGAUGAGAUCUUCGACAUGAUCAGACCCUCAGAGCCGUCCCGCAUCACGCUGGCAGACCUGGUGAGGAGUGGGCAUGGUCACACUGCAGUCUCCAUACUGCUGGAGCUGCACGGCUUCUGGGCUUACGAGAACAGGGAGGCACUGGCCGCCGCCGGAGAUCAUGCCUGACGACCGACCUUGCUCAGGGAUGGCUGAACAACAGUGUUUUUAACAUGCUUAACGGCAUGACACAUGUGUGACAUAUACAUUUAUAUGGUUUAAAGGCAAUACAUGACUGACAAGUUUAUAUGGUAAAGUCCAAGAAUCGGGUUCUCAAGAGGCUUGGCCAACAACAAACUUUGACAAAUAUAAAUACCCAUUUUUAAGAUCAGGAAAGCAGCACAUACAUUAUGUACGUAUACAUGAAAACGUCACUCAACUGGUGUAUUUCAUUUUUGGCUACACCAACCAUUUUCGAAGAAGCGUAGUGACUUGAAAAUUGGCAUUUUUAGUAGUUCUGAUGGCAAUAUUAUAAUAUGGUACUAUCGUACUGGUCUGAUGAUAGAGACGGAAGAUAUGAACUGGAACUUCAUGAUGGAAUAUCGUAUCAUAGCUGUGUUUGGACUUGUUAGAAGUCUCAUAAUGACCUUUGGGCAUUUUUAACAUGUAUUUAUAAAAGCGUGUUUUUCUAAAGUUUUCUUAAACUAUUAAUUUAUUUUCGUGUGAAUAAUACUGUUGAGGAGUGAAAAUUCUUGUAAAUUGCGACUGGGUGUAAUUGA